AUGAAGCUCAACACCUACGUAUCUCUUGUGGCGUUUGCGGCCUUAACUGCUGCUGAACGGCAUCCUUUGAAUCUACCAAAGCAUGUGCGGCCUCGCCAAUAUUCUACUCCACCGCCAUACUCGCCUGUGGGCCCGAGUUCGAGCAGCGGCAGUGGCAGCGCAUCAUCCAGCUUUCCUAACGGAUCUUCAACCUCGCUGGCUACCGGCGUCUCUUCCACUGUUGACGUGCCAUCUGCUCAAACGUCCUCAUUACCGCCUAAUGCCACAUCAUCUGGUCCUUCUACCAUCGUCGUUACAAGCGUAGUUGUUAUUACAUCGGCCAUUCCACCUCUACCUACUACUUCGACCUCUACGGAUGCUACUAGAAGCAGCUGGGGAGUCAGCAAAUCUUCCUCCAUCAGCAUCCCGCUUCCCACAAGCCCCCAAUCAUCCGGGACUGGCUCCCACUCUUGGCCUCACCAGUCUUCACCUGGAUCGUCAGCACCUUACGGCAAUAGCACUUCAACCUCUUCAUCUCCAUGGGGCACAGGCACAGUGUCAAUUUCCUCAAGCCCGCCCCUGACUUCUGCUACCAGUAGCCGUCCCUCCGCAGCCACCAGCUCCCCUCCCUACCCUUCAAACAGUACGCUCACAGAAACCAGUACGGGCCCUGUAGCUACCUCGAGCGGAAACGCAACCACAUCCACAGUCCCCACUUCCUCCGCCCAUUACAAACCCCCCGGAAACUUCACCAGCAGCCUCUCCAUCGCAACCGACUCCGUCUCCCCACCCUCAACCCCCGAUGUCUCGACAAUCAGCUGGAUCUCAUUCACAUCGGGAAGUCCAUCCGCCACACCAUCGAGUGCAUCGUCGACUUCAAAAUACACAAGGUCUACCUCGUCGCGCCGACGCACUACGACGACGACUAGACGCCGGUCGACAACACGUACGUGGAGCAGGACGCUGACUAUGUCGUUUUCGUCGACGAGGUCUGCUUGGUUUACACCUACGCCUACGCCUUCGAGUGAUUUGCCGUGGACUAGUAGUGCGGUGUCGGAGGAGGAAUCUUCUACGCCGGCUUCGUGGUCUGGAAGUACGGUUACGCCGUCGGCAUCGGAGAAUUGGCCUUUGUCUUCUGCUACUACGCCCUCUGAGUCUGAUAGCUGGUCGUCAUUUUCAGCCACACCAUCUGAAUCAGAUGGCUGGCCCUCAUCUUCCCCCACCUCUUCUCCCCCCAGCUCAUCCUCCGACCAAACCUCCUCAACCAGCUCUCCCGUAUGGCCUCCAGUCUCCUCCUCCUCCUCCUCAUCAUCAUCAUCAUCGCCAUCCGACAGCGCCACAACACCCUCCCCAUCCCCCUCAACAAGCACCGACGCAACCACAUCAUCCUGGCCCGUAACCCCCUCCUCCUCUUCUUCCCCAUACAAUUCAUACUCCACACCACCAUCCACCUACACCGAUGCAACCGCGUCGUCAUGGCCUGUCAAUACCCCUUCCCCAUCUCCCUCGCCUUCAUUAUAUACUACGUAUACUUCUUCUUCUUCUUCCCCCUCAUCCUCUCUUUCUUCCUCAGCCUCUUCGCUUUCUGCCUCCUCUUGGUCGGCGUCAUCGUCAGCGUCCGCGUCCGCCUCCAUCUCCUCCGCAAACCCAAGCACCACCUUCCUAACCAGCACCAGCACGAGUAAAUCUCAAGCGUACUACGCGCCCGUGCCGCCCGUGCAGACGUAUGCGAAUCAACACGAGCAGCGGGCCGACAAGGAGAAGAGGGAUGUGGUACGACUGUGGUUUGUGUAA